AUGUCGUACAACGAUAACCAGCAAUACGGCGGUGGCAACCGCGGCGGCGCUAGCAGCAGCUACUACAACACCGACGACAAUAACAACAACUCCUACGGUGGAUCUAGCGGUGGCUACGGCAAUAACAACAACAACAACUCUGGCUACGGCAACCAGAACCAAGGCCAGGAUAACUACGGCCGCCAGGAAUCUCACAACAGUGGAGGCUACGGCAACAACAAUAAUAACAACUCUGGCUACGGCAACCAGAACCAAAGCCAGGACAACUACGGCCGUCAGGAAUCCCACAACAGUGGAGGCUACGGCAAUAACAACAACAACUCCUCCGGCUACGGCAACAACAACAACAACAAUGGCCGCCAGGAAUCCCACAACAGCGGAGGCUAUGGUAACAACUCCAACAGUGGAAGUUACGGCAAUAACAACAACUCCUCUUCCAACCACAACAACAACGACAGCGAUGAUGAAUUCAGCAGCGCCGCCACCCACGCCCAGGCGAACCACAGCAGCGAAGACAAGUCCCUCUUCAGCAGCGCCUUGAACUUCCUCAAGGAGCGCAAGAACUCCUCCAACGACGUCGACGAGCAGCAGGCUGCCAAUGCGCACCAGGCCAUGUACGGAUCUGGCAGUGGAUCUAACCAGAACCAUGAUUCCAACACUAUUGGUGCUGGUGCUGCGAUGCAGGCGUUGAAGAUGUUCACUGGUGGUGGCAACGGUGGAAACAGUGGAAGCAGUGAGGGUGGAAUGGAUAAGAACAAGCUUAUUGGACUUGCUAUGGCUCAGGCUGGAAAGCUGUUUGAUGAGAAGAAUGGGUCUGGGGGUAAUGUGUCUGGCGACAAGCAGUCUGCUAUUAACUCUGCUGCGGAGAUGGCGCUUAAGAUGUAUAUGAAGAAUCAGGGUGGUGGUAGCAGUGGUAGCAGUGGUGGUGCUAGUGGGCUUAUGAGCCUUGCCAGCAAGUUCUUGUAA